UUUCGAACGCAACCCUGGAGGAGCCAGCAGUCGUCACAUGACGGCGACGGGUGCGCGUGAGAUUUUCUUUCGAUAUUUUGGAUAUAGAGAUUGAAAAUUUGUCUGAGGAAACCAUCGCGCUGCUUAACUUUUUUGAGUGUCAACUAUAAUUCACAGGACUUGUAUAUAAUUUAUAUUGGGUUAAAAUCAUCAUGGCAACAAUGAGAUAUAUUUUGGGUAGCACAUUUGCAGUCACCGCCUCGGUGACAAUUCUUAUUUUAGUUUUGUAUUAUGUAUUUACUGGCAAAGGAGAGCAAAUUAGCAUUGCAUGGUUCUUAUCAAAUACUUCCCCAUAUAUGUGGUCUACAUUGGGCAUAGGUUUGUCGGUAGCUUUAUCUGUGGUAGGCGCAGCAUUAGGUAUCCAUACAACAGGAGUAUCUAUAGUCGGUGGAGGUGUAAAAGCACCUAGAAUCAAGACAAAGAAUUUGAUUUCUGUGAUAUUUUGCGAGGCUGUAGCUAUCUAUGGUCUAAUUACUGCCAUUGUUCUGUCUGGAAUGCUCGAAAAAUUCACUUAUUCCGAAGCUAUGUCAAAUGAGGAACUUAAGAAUCAAAAUUGGUUGGCUGGAUACUUAAUGUUUGGCGCUGGUCUGUCUGUUGGUUUGGUCAACCUUUUCUGUGGCAUAGCAGUUGGUAUUGUAGGGUCUGGCGCAGCUCUCGCUGAUGCAGCAAACUCUGCUCUUUUCGUGAAGAUUCUUAUAGUUGAGAUUUUUGGUUCCGCUAUAGGACUUUUUGGUUUAAUUGUCGGUAUUUAUAUGACUUCCAAAGUCAAGAUGGGUGAUAAGCUAUAAAUGAUAAGAGAUUACAAUAUUCCAUUCCAUAUUUAAUCAUUGGAAAUCAUUUAAAAAAUUUCAAAAAUUGUCUAUCUAUAAAAUCGUCAUGAAAUGUUAAAAAAUUUCUAAAUACCAAUAUAUGAAGAAAUUGGUAUAUUAUCUGUAUCUAUACAAUUCCAUUUAUGCAAUCUUCAUGAUGAU